AACCUUCCUAUCCACAUGGUGACCGGCUAUUCCGGUUCCCCACUCUCUAUUAUCUCCACCGUCGACCCUCCCAUUGCCAUUUUCAUCUCUUCUUUCCACACACCAAAGUGAACCAACCGCCGCCACCACCACCACCACCACCACCCACUGCCGCUCCCUCUCUUUCUCACUCCAAUUCCUAUAAAUUCCUUCUCACCGACCAUGAUUUCCCAUUUCUCCUUCCUCCAUUUUCCAAUCGCCGCCGCCGCCGGAGCUUCAGCCAAAUCCCUAAUCGGAGCUAACCACACCUCCGCCCGAUUUUGCUCUCGCUAAACCUUCUUCUAUUCAUUUCCUUCAUUUCAUUGCCUUAUCUUCUCCAAUCCUUUGUUUGUUUUCAUGUUCGGUUUCUUCUGUACUUGUAUAGUAUAGUAUAAGGGGGAUUAUGGGAUCCAUGUUAGGGAAGUUCGCUUCUCUGAGAAACCUUCUAGUCCGAGUGCUUCUCUUCUCUAUUCUUGUGAUUAUCGGUCGAUUCGCCUAUGUCGUUACCAUUGCCGGAGAAUCUUGUAGCAUCGGUGACUUCUGUUUCUUCUCUUUGCCUGAAACUUUCAAUUUCAUGAUCCCCGGCAGCGGUGGCCGUACUGGCAGUGCCGCUUUGUUUACGGACAACACCGAUCCUCGCGUCAUCGGACCUCCUCGUCCGGAUCUGUAUUCGAGUGAAGACUGGAUCAAGACCGUCCAGUUUUACUCCUCUGUUUUCCAAGAUCUGAUUACCGAGGGCUACUUAUCGCCGAAUUCGAAAUCAUUGUGUAUUGAAACACCUGCCGGAGCCGAUGUAUCAGCGUUGAAGGAGAUCGGCGUUUCGAAUUCGGUCGGGAUUUUCAAGAAGGCGUUGAAGCCACUUGUGAUUAAGGGCGAGGCUCAUCGGAUUCCGUUCGAGGAUAAUACCUUUGACUUCGUGUUCUCCGGCGGAAGCCGAUUGGAUAUUUCCCGUCGGCCGCAUGAUUUUGCUUCGGAGAUUGCUCGAAUACUGAAACCCGAAGGGUUUGCGGUGGUACAUGUGAGUGCUAAAGAUACGUAUAGUUUCAAUUCAUUCGUUGAUUUAUUCAAUUCCUGCAAAAUACUUAAAUCAAAAGAUAUAGAUAUUGUUCUUCCAUCAAUGCCUUCUACUCGUGAAUAUGUAUUGAAGAAAGAGUAUAGAAUUCUUGAAAAUGGGUUGCUGAAACUGAAUGAAGAUGGGGUUUCUUACAAGAAGAAUUGCUCUGUUCCUGGUUAUAAGCUAGCUUUGUUUCGAAAUGCCGAGCCUCUGAUAUUGGAGGAGCCAUUGAAGCCAUGGUUAACUUUAAAGAGAAAUAUACAGAACAUUAAGUAUCUGCCAUCAAUGGCUGAAAUUAGCUUCAAAAAUAGGUAUGUUUAUGUGGAUGUUGGAGCUAGAAGCUAUGGCUCCAGCAUUGGGAGUUGGUUCAAAAAGCAAUAUCCAAAGCAGAACAAAACCUUUGAAGUUUAUGCCAUUGAAGCUGAUCAAACUUUCCAUGAACAAUAUAAAUCAAAGAAAGGGGUGACAUUAUUACCUUAUGCUGCUUGGGUGAGGAAUGAGACAUUGGCUUUUGAGAUCAACAAAGACCCAGGUCAGGAAAAGGAAGAUAAAGGAGGUAGCAGAGGGAUGGGCAGGAUUCAACCCGUCCAAUCUUCGGGCCAAUUUGAUGGAGAGGUGAAUCAGAUUCAAGGGUUUGAUUUCGCUGACUGGUUGAAGAACACAGUAUCAGAGAAGGAUUUCGUGGUGUUGAAGAUGGACGUGGAAGGAACCGAGUUCGAAUUGAUUCCAAGACUCUUUGAAACAGGAGCGAUUUGUUUGAUAGAUGAGAUGUUUCUUGAAUGUCAUUACAAUAGAUGGCAGAGGUGUUGUCCUGGACAAAGGAGUACAAAGUAUGAGAAAACAUAUUCUCAAUGCAUAGAUUUAUUUGCAUCUCUAAGACAAAGUGGAGUUCUGGUUCAUCAAUGGUGGUAACAACAAAAAUACAAUACAAUUCUUUUUGGAUAAAAUUCUUUUGAAAUUGUAUCUCAUUUUACACUUCCCCUUCCCCCACAAAGAAAGCUGUUGUUAACUUCAUUAUUGUUAAAGCCUCACAUUGUUUAUGUUAAAGAUUGAGCUGCAAAUGUAAAAGUUAUUUUGAUUUUUAUACAGAAUCCCUUCAUUUGGUGUCUUAAA